UCUCUGUGUUAUUGGUAUUAAUAUCUCUGAUGAUUGGUUGUUUAUUUCCAGGUGCUGACCGCUUCAUGGACGAUGUGGCGCGUAUGAUUGGCUACCGGCCGUUCCCCUGGAUGAAGUGGUGCUGGUCCUUCAUCACUCCGUGUGUGUGCAUGGGCAUCUUCCUGUUCCACCUGGUGAACUACAAGCCGCUGACCUACAACAACGUGUACGUGUACCCGUGGUGGGGCGAGGUGAUUGGCUGGUGCAUGGCUCUGUCCUCCAUGCUCUGCAUCCCCGUCACGCUCCUCUACAAACUCUUCAGAGCCAAGGGAACCUUCAAAGAGGUCGGCCGGCGCUCCUCACGCUGAAAAACCCAAA